AUGAGCCUUAAAGGAAAGUUAGUUUCUGAGAUAAACAUCAAGUGUGAUGGAGAUGUUUUUCAUGAGAUUUUAGGGCAUAAACCACAUCAUAUGUCAAGCAUAUGCCCUGAUAAGAUACAAAAUGUGAAUAUUCAUGAAGGUGAAUGGGGCACUGUUGGCUCUGUUAGUUCCUGGAACUUCACCCAUGAUGGGAAAGAGAAGGUGGUAAAGGAAAUAGUUGAAGAAAUAGAUGAAGAAAAGAAGUUGAUUAAGAAAAAGAUAAUUGAAGGAGAUAUAUUGGAGGAUUACAAAUCAUUUUACAUCACUACUCAUGUUGAGACAAAAGGUGAAAACAAUUUGGUUACUUGGAUUAUUGAAUAUGAAAAGAAGAAUGCAAAUGUGCCAGAUCCACACACAUAUAUGGAAUUUGCUCUCAACAUGACUAAAGAUAUUGAAACUCACCACAUUAAGUGA